AUGGCUCCGUCCGCCGUCGAUCUCAAGAAUGACGGCAACAAGGCCUUUGCCUCGGGUGACUACCCAGCCGCGGUCGAAUUAUACACAAGAGCUAUUCAGCUGAAAGACGACGAGCCCACGUUUUACACGAAUCGAGCCCAGGCCAACAUUAAAGUCGAGGCGUUUGGAUACGCGAUUGCAGAUGCAGACAAGGCGAUCGAACUCAACCCCAAACUGGUCAAGGCAUACUACCGCCGAGGCCUGGCCCGAACCGCAAUCCUCCGUCCCAAGGAAGCAAUCGACGACUUCAAAGCAUGCGUCCGGUUAGACCCCAAUAAUAAAGAUGCCCGAUUGAAACUCGAGGAAUGCAAGAAGAUUGUACGGCAGCUGGCCUUCUUCGCCGCUAUCGAGGUGGGCGACGAGCCCUCUGCGGCUGAGGGACUCGACCUCGAUAGCAUGGCGGUGGAGGAUGAUUACGACGGUGUGCGACUCGGCAAGGAGAUGACACAGGAGUUCAUUGACGACAUGACUGAGCGCUUCAAGACUGGCAAGAAGAUCCAUCGCAAGUACGUGUAUCAGAUUAUUCUAGCCGUCAAGCAGCUCGUAUAUGACGAACCCACCAUGGUGGAGGUACAAGUCCCCGACGAUGUGCAGUUGACUGUCUGUGGAGAUACACACGGCCAAUAUUUCGAUCUCAUGGAGCUCUUCCGUCGCAAUGGCUCACCCAACGACAAACACUGGUAUCUGUUCAAUGGCGACUUCGUGGAUCGAGGAUCCUGGUCCACUGAAAUUGCCCUACUCCUCUAUGCGAACAAGUGGCUGCGUCCUAAUUCUUUCUUCCUGAACCGAGGAAACCAUGAGACCGAUGACAUGAACAGAGUGUACGGAUUUGAAGGAGAGUGUAAAGCCAAGUACAACGAGAGGGUGUUUAAGCUGUUCUCAGAGAGUUUCUCUGCUCUGCCAUUGGCAACUCUGAUUGGCAAGAAAUUCUUGGUUCUCCAUGGUGGUCUCUUCUCCGAUGACAGUGUUACUCUGGACGACAUUCGAAAGCUCAACCGUCACAACCAAAGGCAGCCCGGCCAGUCUGGUCUGAUGAUGGAGAUGUUGUGGACGGAUCCCCAGGAGGAGAAUGGCCGUGGCCCAAGCAAGAGAGGUGUCGGAAUGCAAUUCGGACCGGAUAUCACCAAGAAGUUUUGCGAGAAGAACGGCCUCGAAGCCGUUAUCCGUAGCCACGAGGUGCGCAUGGAUGGUUACGAAGUUCAGCACGAUGGAAAGUGCAUCACAGUCUUUUCUGCUCCUAGAUAUUGCGACUCGACUGAAAACAGGGGUGCUUACAUCAACAUCGGCUCCGACUACAAGCUCAAAUACCAGCAGUUCGAUGCCGUUCCCCACCCAGACAUUAAGCCGAUGGCAUAUGCCCAAAGCUCUCUCAUGUCAUCUCUGAUGUGA